UCCAGUCCUCUGGGGUGUAUUGCAUCUGUGGCUCGCUACUCUACAAUCUCUGUCAAUAUACAUAGACAAACACCCAUCCUCAUUACACAAUUUCAUCUAGCAAUGGCCGGUAAUGCCGUGGUGUUCGAAGAUUUCCUGCCAACAAUGGCUUCCAAGUUGGGAGGUGAUGGGCUGAUCGCGGAACUCUGUAAUGGGUUUCGAUUGCUCAUGGAUAACGAAAAGGGUCUGAUCACAUUCGAGAGCUUGAAGAGAAAUUCUGCUCUUCUGGGUUUGCAGGGCAUGAAGGAUGAUGAGCUACUGAGUAUGUUGAGAGAGGGAGACAUGGAUGGUGAUGGGGCACUUAACCAGAUGGAGUUCUGUGCCCUCAUGUUCAGAUUGAGUCCUGAAUUGAUGGAUGAGUCUAUGAGGUGUUUUGAAGAAGCUCUAACAGAGGAACUGGCAGAUUCCAUGCCCUAGGAUUUUAUGGAUUUGGGAUGUAAAGUUGUAAUCCCACCAUCUCUAGGCACUAGGUGAGAGGAGAAUAUUUUGUGGUGUAAAAAUUCUUAUUCUUAUUCCUUUACGGCUUUACUUUCCAGUAUAUGUUUCAAGAAAUGUUUGAGAAAAAUCUAGAAAAUGCCAUCUACAAAUCAACUCUGCAAUUGCUUUAUUUUGUUUCA